AUGACUGUUGCAGCCCCUCGAGCCACCCCAGCGUCCUUGGCAAUACAUGACAAUGGAUAUUGUCAUCGGCCUGCCGGCCAGACCAAAUGGAAACUAUGCGGUCCUUGUCGUCGUCAACCACUUAACAUUAAUGGCUCACUUCGCGCCAUGUCGCACGAUGAUCAUAGCCAAAGAAACCGUGCGUCUGUUCAUUUCGACCAUCGUUCGCCUGCAUGGUAUCCCUUUGGCGAUCAUCAACGAUAGAGACCCGAAAUUCACCUCGCGCUUUUGGCAAGGCACGUGGAACCAAUACAGCACCCGCCUACAGUUCUCAUCCACCUAUCACCCGCAAAUCGACGGUCAGACAGAACGGACGAAUCAGACCAUGGAACAUGACCAGGCAGUGGGAGCAGUCUUGGUGCAAGACCAGGGGAAUGGAGUGCAACCAAUCGCCUACCUUAGCAAGAAACUACACGGGGCAGAACUCAACUACCCGAUACACGACAAAGAGGCCCUUGCUAUCAUCAUCGCCUUCAAAAUGUGGAGAUGUUAUCUCGAAGGACGACAAGCAACCGUCUACAUCGACCACUACAGCCUGAAAUAUUUGAAGACACAACCAAACCUCUCCAGGCGGCAGGUCCGGUGGAUUGACUUUCUCGAGACGCACUUCCACUAUGAGAUCAUGUACAAGCCCGGCCACAAAAAUAAAGCAGAUGCUCUCAGUCGGCCUGCAAACAUUGCCGCAAUCCAAGCCUAGCUAGCUUCAUAGCUCCUUUC